AUGGAGCGCCUGCAGAGGGAGCUGUGUGAACUGCAGAGACAACAGAGCCUCUUCCUGUCCCAACGCAGCAUCCGCAAGAGCAGCGAGGAAGAGGAGGCCCCUGGGAAAGGUUCAGGGGAGAUCCCAGGACCAGGUGACCCUAGAGAGGCCCCAGAUGAGGCCCCACUGGAGGCCCUAAGACCAGGAGAGGUCCCAGUUGAGACCCCACUAGAGUUGCCAGGAGAGGCCCCAGUUGAGGCCCCAGGACCAGGACAGGCCUCAGAAGAGGCCCAAGGAGAGGACCCUGGACCAGAAGAGGUCCCAGUUGAGGCCCCACCAGAGUCACCAGGAGAGGCCCCAGUUGAGGCCCCAGGACCAGGACAGGCCUCAGAAGAGGCCCAAGGAGAGGACCCUGGACCAAUAGAGGCCAUUGGAGAGUCCCCAUUAGAGGCUGAAGAAUCCCUGGAUCACACCAUCGAUGAGGAGGAGGCGAACGUAUCCUGUGCCACUCGCAGGCAAGUGGCUCCUGGUGUGUGGGGGCCCGGUGCGUGUGUGGGGGCCCGGUGCGCGUGUGGGCCCCUUCAGACCCUGGAGCAUGAGGUCUCGAACAGCACGCUUCGUGAGUCCGGGAGACACACAGAGAUGAGAGUUCGAAAGAGGAGAAUGACUUUGGACCUCUCCCUGGUUCUCACCCUCACAUCAGUGGUGCUGACCUCACCGGUGUCCUCGGGUCGCACUGGUUCUGCGGCGCUCCAGCACUGGUCUCGUCCCGGAUCGCUGAACGAGUGGGGGGCGUGGGGGGUGUGGUCAGUGUGCUCGCGGAGCUGUGGGGGCGGGGCUUCAGUGCGAGUGCGCACCUGUGUCACCAGGAGCCUAGUCGCCCGUCCCUGCUCAGGAGACUCACGGCAGUACAAGCUCUGCAACACCAAGCCCUGUCCACUAACAGCACUGGACUUCAGAGAGCUUCAGUGUCAGGCCUUUAACCACAGGCCUCUGCUGUCAGGCUCCUCCUUCACCUGGAUGCCCUUCCACAGCGGCUCCAGUCUCUGUGAGCUCAGCUGUUUGGCUGUUGGGCACAAAUUUUAUUUAAACUUUGGAAAAGUUUUAGACGGAACAUCUUGUGGAAAUGACCCGGGAUCAAAGUGUGUCAACGGGCGCUGCCUGGCUGCCGGUUGUGACCUUGUCCUGGGAUCAGGUCUGUCUGAAGACGCCUGUUUGGUCUGUGGAGGACGCAACCAGACCUGUGUGCACCACCAGCAAGAGCACAAGCCUACAGUCCUGGGAUACUCUGAAGUGGCACAGAUUCCUGCAGGAGCCACUAACCUCAGAGUCACAGACAACAGCAGCAACUACAUCGUUUUGCAGAACAGUAAGUCUGAGUCGGUGAUUAAUGGAGACUGGAGCAUCAACGACCCGGGACAGUACAAGGCGGCAGGAAGCACAGCCCUGUACGAGAGAUCACAGCAGUCAGAGAGUCUUCACUUGAGGGGACCCACCACAGAGGACCUUCACCUGCUGGUUUUAUCGACAGACGUUGGCUCUUCUAUCUCAGUUGAAUAUUGGCUUCCUCCAGAGCAGCACUUCCUGUUUCAUGGUCCUAAGAGUCCAUUAGGCCACGCCCCCCGCACAAUCUCCAUCUCUGUGGAGACGUCAGGACCGGGCUCCCGCACAGAGACGUUAGGUAACACUCUACACGCCACAGAGAAGCCCGCAUCAGUCUCCACGGCGAAAACAACCAGAGCCGUCACCGCCCUGCGACCACAGCGCCGCGUCAACCGGCUGUCUAAACAUCAGACGUCGCCACUUCGGCUCAAGACUUGGCCUGAACCAGAUCUCAACCUGGACCAAGUCCUGGACCACAAGCGCUGUAUGCCGUGUCCCAGUGUGAGAGGACGCAGACAGCGACGGCUGCAGUUCUGCUCCAAAGACUUUGUGGUCCGGGCACUGGUGAGGUCGGUCCGGUUACUGGGCUCUGAGACCCGGUUCGAGGUGCAGAUCUUGGAGUCGUACAGAAACCGUUUUCCUCUGUUGCCUCGGGAAUUUGUGUGGGCUCAGGACCAGUGCUGCCCUCUGCUGGUCACAGGCCGACAGUACAUCUUAAUGAUCAGACUCCACGUCAACCAUGAGAACACACUGAACCGCCUCCUAGUGGAGCCCAGCAGCUACUGCACCCUGUACAGGCCCAAGGAGGACGCACAGCUGCGGAGGCUGCAGAGCACGUGUGGAAACAGAGACUGA